AUGGCUUAUGGAAUUGUUAUGUUGACUGUGCUAUCUCUUUGCGCGAUAUCAUCGAAUGGAGCUGUGGAAAGCGGAGGAGUUUACUACAUGAUCAGUAGAUCACUGGGACCAGAAUUCGGUGGUGCUAUCGGUGUUUUGUUUUUCGUUGCUAAUGUCUUCUCAUGUGCUCUAUAUGUAUCGGGAUUCACUGAGGCACUGCUGAACAACCUUGGUGGAGGCCAAUUUCCUGACUCGCCCAUGUGGCGAUUUUUAUACUGUGUGCUGGUUUCUCUCGUUCUCCUUAUUCUUGCUUUGCUUGGCGCUGGUAUGUUCGCGAAAACGGCAUUGUUCACCUUUAUUUUGAUCUCGAUUUGCUAUUCUACGUGGCUCUUUUCUGUGAUAUUUGAUGGACCCAUGCAAGUGCCUAUACCCAAAGUAAAUACUCCUGCUUAUCGUGUCCACGAGAACGCUUCUGAUCCCGAAAGUCCUAUGAUAGUGCAGUUGAAUCAGACCUUAACCGCGAACUACACUGGAUUUAGUUUCCGCACACUGGGUGAAAAUAUGUUCACCAAUUACACCAUGGACUACACGACGGAACGGCAAACUGAUUUCGCUUUAAUGUUCGCCAUUAUCUUCUCGGGUGUCACUGGUCUAAUGGCUGGCGCGAACAUGUCUGGUGAACUGGCUCGCCCCUCAGUUUCGAUUCCUCGAGGCACUGUGCAAGCAGUCCUGGUCACAUUGUUCGUAUAUAUUAUGACGGCAUUCUUGAUGGCAGCCACAUCGAGUAGAUAUCUUCUUCAGAACGAUUACACUGUAAUGAUGGACACAAAUUUCCAAAGAUGGUUCAUUCUCAUCGGUGUCUUUUCCACUACUUUGUUCUCCUCAAUGAGCAACUUGAUAGGUGCGUUUUGA